CGCAGGUUGGCUUCUCUCACUAAGUUCCUGAGUUUACUUCUCUCUCUAAAAGGCAGGAUCUGACUUGCGCUUCGGAGUGCUAACGGGCAAUCCAAGCCCUCUAGGCGUUUAUCUGUGCAGGGUCGGGGCGCCUUGUGAAGAAUACUGUUCGACGAGGAGAGAAUUGGGAAAGAAUUGAGUGCGGAGAACAAGCCCAAAAUGUGUCUUAGCUACGUUUGCGGACAAGAGAGAGAAGUUUCACUAUAUUUGCGAAAAUACAUAUUACAAUUGAUAAAGUAUAUAUAAUACCUUCGGCUUAAUCUAACCCAACCUAGAAAAAAUAAGGUUAGAGAACAAGCCCAAAAUAGUAAAACAAAUAUGUAUAUUCUGUCUUCAAAUCAUGACGACAGUACUACACCAAGUUUUUGAGGGGACUGGUUACUAUGACAACACCCCUUGUGUUGUUAUUGUAAUAACACUAGUCUCCAACCAAUAGGAAGCUAGGAUUGUGAUGACUUUUUAUUAGAUGAGUUGACCUAGUGUAAAAUCAAAGCAGGGGUAUAAUUGUCAUUGUGAAAAAUUUGUUUAAAUAAUAAAAAUAAAAAAAAUAAAAAAAAAAUAUUUUUUAUUUUCUGCCCAAAAAUUUGGUCGCCGGAAUUCUGCCACCGGUCGCCGAAAACUGGUCGCCGGUCGCCGGUCACCGGAAUAUGCUUUUUUGUCGCCGGAAUAUGCUAUUUGUCGCCGGAAUAUGCUUACCGACGUCGGAAUAUGCUUACCGACGUUGGAAUAUGCUUACCGGCGUCGGAAUCUAGUCAUCGGGGCCGGAAUAUGCCUAUCGACGCCGGACUCUUCUCACUGACGGUCAUCGGAGUUCGGUCAACAAACUUCGUUGACCGGUCCACGGUCUUCGUUGACCGGUCAACGGUCAACGAUCACCGGAUGUUAUGGUUAGCAUUGUGAGAUUUAUGGUUUGGUUUCUCAUAUUUUUGUAUGCCUUUUGUGGUUUGCUUUAUCGUGUUUGUGGUUUGCAUUGAGAAGUUUCUGGUUUGCUUUCAAAAACUUUGUGGUUUGCAUUGUGAGGUUUCUGGUUUGUUUUAAUAUAUUUGUGGUGUGCAUUAGGACGUUUAUGGUUUGUUUUUUUUUUGGGUUUGAUUUACUGUGUUUGUGAUUUGCAUUAGGAGGUUUCUGGUGUGCUUUCGCAAAUGUUAUGGUUUGCUUUGUGAGGUUUGUGGUUUGUUUUAGGAGAUUUGUGGUAUGCAUUAGGAGGUUUGUGGUUUGCAUUAGGAGGUUUUUGGUGUGCUUUCAAAACUUUUGUGGUGUGCUUUGCGAGAUUUCUGGUUUGUUUUAAUAUAUUUGUGGUCUGCAUUAGGACGUUUUUGGUUUGCUUUACCGUGUUUGUGGUUUGCAUUAGGGGGUUUCUGGUGUGCUUUUCAAAAUAUUUAUGGUUUGCUUUGUGGGGUUUCUGAUAUGUUUUAGCGAAUUUGUGGUUUGCAUUAGGAGGUUUCCGAUAUGCUUUCGAAAUAAUUUUGAUAUGCUUUGUAAGGUUUUUAUUCUAUCCGACGUUCUUACUACAUGAAUGGAAUUAGUAACAAUAAUUAGUAAUGUGUAUACUUACCAGGUUUGUAUAAAUAAUAAUUACAUAGUUCUCUCUUAAUUAAUUAUGUUUUCACACAUAAUUAAUUCCUGUCUCUCUAAUUCAUUUGCUUGUACAGAGGUGAGGACAUGGACUGGAUCAGGAAAUUCACCACAACAACACAAGCAGUAGCUGGAGCAGCAUGAAUCACCAUGGAAAUACUGUACGUCGGGAAGAGCAGCCCGAAGGAGAAAGUGAGGAAGAACAACGUCAUGGUCCAGUCCGAGAGCCUGAGCCAUGUGUCCCUGACUUCACCCUCAUCUGGUUCUUCUUGGUGAGGCUCGAGAGCAUGUGGCACUCCAAGGUCCAGUACAACAAGACCGUGGAGAACGACGCGAUCAUGCAGGCGAUAGUGACGAUGCUGAGCUUCGACGGCAGCGAGCAAGGGUGGGUCGUUGUGAGCAGGGCGUCGGCGGGGAUGACCAAGGCGCCGGAACCUGGUAAGUAUACAGGAUUUGCGAUGCCGGAGUCUGAAUGGAUUGUCAGAGUUUUUGAUCGGCGCCGGAACAUAGAAGGAUUACAGGAUUUGCGACGCCGACGGUGGAAGAAAGAAGGAACAGCGGGAGAUGGGAGGAACGGAAGAAAUUGGAUACGAGGAGCGGAUUAGGGUUUGGGGAUUAUUUGUUUAAUUUUAAUUUGAUAUUUUUUUGUUAAUUUACUUAUUUAUCCUUAAUGAAUCUACACAUAAUAUAAUACACCGAAGGGAAAAACGGGAGCCCCAUUUCAAAUUUCCUGCAACGAGAGUGAAAGUAGGAAGGACAUUUUGGUCUUCACACUUACUUUUUUUAAUUCAUUAAAAAGACACGUAGUGGGAUUCGAACCAUGACCAUUUUAAAGAAAAGUAAGGAUCAUAACCAAUCACACUAAGUACAUUUGUUGCAUCUUUUUAAAUUAAAAAGAUAUAAUAGCAGAGAGGAAAAAACCCUUCCCCCAUUUCAAAUUUCCUUACCAAAAAAAAAGAAUAGGGAGUGUCAAUUUUUUCCUCUUUCCUCUGUGGAACGAGCCAACUUACCGUACACAUGCGGAUUUAAACGGGUUCAAGAGUGUCAAUUUUUUCAUUAAGCCCUUUUAUUUCUCCGUGGUGAUAAAAUAUAUAUGAAGAGGCAAAAACAAUACUUCUUUUUAUUUCUAAAAAUAAAAAAUUUAACAAUAAACUAAUGCAUGGUAUCUAAUGGGCUAACCGCUAACCAUAAAAUAAAAGAGUUGAAUUGGUUUGACCUACACGGGAUUUGGCCAUCAAGUAAAACAAAUGAACAUCAUUGGUUUGACAUUCUAAAACAAGCUAUUUUCUCUGGCAUAAUAUAUUAUGCUAUUAUUUUAUAUCUUAGUGGCUAAAAUAUAAUGUAUUUUAAAGUUAUUCAUUCAACCUCGACCAACCCAAUUAGUCUAAUUUUUAUCAUUUCAAAUAUAUAUUAUAUAAUUAUUUGAUAUCAUAAUGAUCAAAUCAUAGUGUAUUUUAUAGGGAAUCGUUUGGUAUUUGUUAGUAAAAAACUAAACAGAAAGAUCUAUUUGGUUAUUUUAAACAUUAAAACGAUCCUAACAUUUUCAGUUCCUUUUGAAUUUCUAUGGUUUUAUUCCCGAAUAAGUGAUGUGCAAAUGGCAGUCAUCUCUUUUCUUUCACUAUUUUUUAUUUUCAAAUAAAAAGUUUAAAAGUAAAGAAUAAUUAGAAUUUGGCAUGGGUCGGUCAAACAGGCUGCAUUUCAAGUUUUGGCCCCUUUUGAUCAAGUCUAAUUUAUAAUCACAUGGUUCCCUGAUACCCGAUAAAAAUCUCAAUCCAAACCAGUUUGGCAGGUGAGUCCGUGUUUACCACCAUUUUCUAGGGAUACGACAACGACGGUUCCUAUCCCAAAUCGUGUUGUUCGUUCUUUAUUUCCUUAGAUUUUAUCAUAGCCUGAAAAAAACCAGAAAGCACAAUGACGACAAGAUGAAAGUUUUAUAAACCAAAUUAAUCGGCCAACGGGCCGAGUAAAAGCUAGCAACGAUU